AUGAAUGUUCAAUGCAACCCAAAUUUAACUGUGGAUGAUUUUUUUAAACUCUCAUUUGGGCUAACUCCAAUCGAAUUAGACCCAACAGAGUUUGUCACAAAUGAACUUACCAAAGAACUGUUCGUUUCGCUUAUAAAAUCUUCUUUAAAAGAACAAAGUCCGACUGGAAUUUUUCGCAACUUAUUUCCGUAUCUUGUGGAUACUAUUAGCAGGACAAUUCCAAUCACUAGAUUAGUUAACUAUAUUCAGGAAAUUAAUGAAAAUAAUGAGCUUGAUGACGUAUAUAAAAUUCUUCAACGUUUUGAAGAAUUUUGCACGGGUAGAGAUUUCCUUAUAGCAUUUCUUGAUAAGGUUCCCAAAAAUUCUUUUUCAAAAAUUCUCAACGCAUUAGUUGCUGCCAAUAUUCCUAUUCCAAUUUAUCUUUCAAAUAAUACACAUUCUCAAAAAGGCCUCAAAGUUCUUAAUGGAAUGCGUGAUAUUAUUGUUUCACGAAACUAUCAUCUUUUUAUCUCUGUAAACCAAGCAAAUACUGAUUAUUUAAAAAUACCUUUCACGAAACAACUUUAUAAAAAUUACUCAAAUAAUCGCGAAGAUUGCGAAGACUGCUUAGGCAUUUGUAAUCCAAAUUCUAUUGAUAUUUCUUUCCAUGCUGCAUCAGAAAAUCAUUCUCGUCCACCUUUAGCCAUCUCGGAAGUUUAUUAUGAUGAAUCAGGUUCCUCCACUUUUAGUGAUACAGUAAAUAUAUUAUCAAAAUUUGCAUUUUAUAUCGUAAUCCAUGUCUCUAAUAAUGAGUUUGAUGGAAAUGAAUUCAAUGAACAAUUUAUUUCUACCAUCAAUGACAUCUCUGUUGAAUGUUAUGGUGGUUAUAAACGAAAAAUUUUAACUUUAUUUUGGGGAAUCAGGAAUCAGUCUUUUAGCGAACAUAAAGAAAAGAUUGAGAAGUUAUUAUACGAAAAAUUUCCUAAUGAUGAAUUCUGGAUCGAGUUUGUCAUCAAUAAUAAGAAAAAUGCAUUAUUUGAAAAGAUCAAAAAAGAUUCAUUCAACAAGCUUAAAGACACUACAAAUCCGUGGUUAGAUUGGACUUCUAUGGGCUUUUAUAUGAUCUUAAACGAUAAUACCGAAAAUCUUUUAUCAGAAAAUGAUUUUGCAUUAUCGAUGGCAAAACUUAAAUUUACUUAUCAUGCUGAUAUAUUCUAUGCUUCCCAUUGUGAAAAUGAAAUUGAGAAACUACGAGAUAAAACACGUCUCAAGACUCCUGAAGAUUCAGGGAGCUAUAAGACCGAAGGUGAAAUUUAUCGGGAUAUUUGGAGCUUUCAGGAAAAACAAGGAAAUAUCGGUGAAAAAAGUCCAAUCUCAGUUCUUACAUAUUUUGCAAACGUCAUUAAGAAGAAUGACUUUAAAUAUAUGCAACUUGAAGAAGCAUAUAGUGUUUGGAUACGUGAAGGAGAAGCAAUUCAGAUAUUAGAAGGCGUAUCACUUAGAACAUUAAAUUCUGAUUUUCUUUCGUCUGUUUUAAGCCAAAUAAUGUCAAACUCUAAACGACAACUAAUUGUUCUUUCGGUUAUUGGACUCGAAAGUUCUGGAAAAUCUACAUUGUUAAAUUAUUUGUUUCAAUGUGGAUUUUCAACCUCUGCUGGACGAUGUACAAAAGGUGCAUAUAUGUCAUAUCGGCAUACUUUCUAUAAAGAAAAAGAGUUGGACAUUUUAAUAAUAGAUUCUGAAGGAAUGGGAUCUACAGCAGCAAAGUAUAUCUCAAGACGUACAGAUUUUGAUAAAAAAAUGACGCUUCUUGGUCUUAUGUGCUCUCAAAUCCUAAUUGUUAAUACCAAAGGACUUACACGAGAUAUUUCAGAUACUCUGGAGGUUUCUUCAUAUCACCUAGAAGCUUUAAGUAAUAGAAAAUUUAAUAAACCAAGGAUUAGCUUUGUUUUACGAGAUAUGGUAGAUGCUAAAACAGCCCAACAACCAGCAUUUAAAGAUAUUUGUGAAAGUUUAAAAAAGAUGUUUUAUGAAAUUGCGGAUGGUUUUGAUAUGAAUGAUUUUAUGAUCGUAGAAGAACAGGAUGUUCAUUUAUUAGAGAAUGCUUUUACUUGUUUUUUUGAUGAUUUUUACCCCAAAUCUAAUAUAGACAGUGAAAACUUUCAUUAUCCCUCCGAAACUUUUCCGUUAAAAAUCUCAAAACUUCGUAAAGAAUUACUCGAUGCUGCAUUAAUUCCAAGUGAAAAUCACGAAUCCCAAAUAUUCAAAAACGUCCAUGGAUUUAUCAUAUACAUGCAGACAAUUUGGAAAGAAAUUGAUGUCCGUGGCAAUUUUCUUCAUUUUAAAGAUUCUAAAAUGAUACAACAGUGGAGUGCAAUGAAAAGACUGGUUUGCGGUUACUUUGAAACUACAAUAAAGUCAUAUAAAGAAAAUGGAUUAAAAUUGAUAGAAGAACAAACAAGUAAAGAACAAUGGAAUGAAAAUAAUGAUAAAGACUUUGAAAAUUAUCUUACUCAAGAAACAGAAAUGCGAUGUGCUGAAGUGAUUACUAAUUUUAAAGAAAAAAUUUUUAAUCAAUAUGAUGCACAAAUAAUCGAUGAAGGCGAAACCUAUAUAAAAUCAGCAUUUGCUGCCGAAAAACUAGAUCUUAAAGCAAUAUAUGAAAAAAGACAACGGCAAUCUAAAGAAUCUUGGCUAAUAAAAUUAGCACAAAAGCGAAUUGGUGAUAAAGUUGGAAAAAUUCUUAGAGAACAUGAAGAUAAAACACCUGAUGAGUUUAAAACAGUUUUUUCUGAGUCAAAACGUAAAGAAUUAUUUAAUGAAGAAUGGGAAAGGGUAGAAAAAGAUAUGGAAAAUUUUAUGUGCGCAAUGACAAAGGAGGUAAAAGAGCUAGAACAACAUGUAGUCAACUCUUUUAAUCAGGCUAUAGAAGAUGGACGCGCUACAAGUGACAAUAAGAGCAAUUCAGAGAGAAGAUUAAAUUACAGAAUAUUUUGGAAUAAAGUCACAACGCCGGCAACUUUAAACAAAAUACUUUUAGAUAAUAUCGAUGAGCAAAUUAUUCGUAGUAUUAGAAUAUCUAAAAAAAGUUCCCUUUAUAAACUUAAUGCGUUUACUGCAAAUAAGAUAGAAGAGAAAACCUUUAAGAAUACAGUUAUAAAUAGGAUUAAAAAUGAACUUGAAGACACUUGUAAACAAACAUAUGAUGAUAUUCUGUUUCGAAAUGCUCUUGCAAUUAAAUUUAAUCAAGCUUUAGAUUGGCUUAAAGUAUUGUGCAAUAAUAUUCUUAUCGUGCAAAAUGAUCUUAAUCGCCAAAUUCAUUUCGAGGUUACAAUUGAAGAUUUUGACAUAAUGGCGCAAUAUUUACGCUUCAAAGUUUUUACUGCAUUAAAAGAUAGUACUGCGAAAUGGAAAGCUUCACAACAAAAUAAUCUCAAUGAUCUUCAUGAAAAUUUAUUAAAAUAUUUUAAUGAUAUACUAAGUAAUUCCUCUUAUGAAAAUAUUUCCGCCCAUUUUAUCAAAUAUGUUGCUAAAGCAGUCGAAAAACAACUGGUUAUCCAAGAACAAUAUAUAUUAGAAGCGUUAGAGAUGCAUUUGAAGGAGAAUUGGAUGAGCGAAAUUAGAAACCCUACACGAUAUGCUUAUGAACAGAGCUUUGGUAAAUAUGAUGUUGAAAAAACUCGUAAAUAUAUUCGUGAUCCAACUUCAUUUAUGAAAGAAUUAUUUGAAAUUGAUAUGGAAAUUGUUAAAGGCAUAAAAGUUGAAGAAAGAUUAGAAAAAAUAGAAAAGGAUAUUAAAGAUGCUUUAGAAAAACUUGGUGAAAUAAUAUUAACUUGUCAGCAAAAUUUUUCAGAGGCAGAUAAGAAUUUACCCCUUGAAAAAAUUAUCUUGAAUAAAGAAAUGGUCAAAAAUGAGACUAAAGAUAUGAAAUUGAAUCAGCGUAUAUUUGUAUCUUCAAAUGAGACUAUAUGCCCAGAAAAUUUAAUAGAGGAUGCAAUACGUGUUCUUGGAAAAUGUAUUAUUAGCUAUCCUCAAGAUUUUUUUAUUACAUUAAAAGAGGAAUACAAUGAAUAUGUGCAAGAAUUUAACAAACUAUGGAAAACUCAGUAUGCAGAUUCUCUCAAAAAAAAAUCAAUUAAUCGUAUAGAUAGUUCUAAGGCAUCGUAUUGGAAUAAAGUUAAUGGAUGUCGAUAUAGAUGUCCAUAUUGUGGGUCAAAAUGCGAAUUAGAAGAACAUGAACCCAAUACAAAUCACAGAGCAUCAUUUCACUUUAUGACUAGUUUUGGUGGCGUUCAUGGAAUUAAAACACGAAAUGCAAAUUUAACAAUAUGUGAUGAGCCUAAUCAUUUUAAUCAAAAUUAUCAUGAGGAAGAUAAUGAAAUUGGGAUUCCAUUUGAAAAACAUAUAAAAAAGUAUCAUCCAGAGUGGUGGCCACUUUUAGAACGAAAACAGCCUGACGAUGAUCAAAUAAAACAAGUUAGAGCAAUGUGGAUUCAUUUAAAGGAUGAAAUAUGUAGUAAAUUUGACAUAGUAGACGUGACCCCUGAAAGUUGGUACCGAGAUUAUAAAUAUCUUGCCAA